GGAGCAUCUGCAAACUGAAGAGAAGUUCUCUGACUUCUUUUUCUUUCUUUCUCUGCUUUCGCGCUUCCAACUCUGGUCACCAUGUCGGACCCUGAAGUCGAGACCUUGCGAAGCACCUUUCCCUCUUACAUGGCGGAGGGUGAGCGACUUUAUCUGUGUGGGGAGUUUUCUAAAGCCGCGCAGAGCUUCAGCAACGCUCUUCAACUUCAGAAUGGAGACAAGAACUGCCUGGUUGCCCGCUCCAAAUGCUUCCUAAAGAUGGGAGACUUGGAGAAAUCCCUGAGAGAUGCUGAGGCUUCACUCCAGAGUGACCCAACUUUCUGCAAGGGAAUUUUACAAAAGGCUGAGACGUUAUAUACCAUGGGGGACUUUGAGUUUGCCUUGGUGUUCUAUCACCGAGGCUAUAAGCUGCGGCCUGAUCGGGAAUUCAAAGUUGGAAUUCAGAAAGCCCAGGAAGCCAUUAACAAUUCAGUGGGAAGUCCUUCUUCAAUUAAGCUGGAGAAUAAAGGGGACCUUUCCUUCUUAAGCAAACAGGCUGAGAAUAUGAAAGCCCAGCAGAAGCCUCAUCUCAUGAAACACCUCUCACACUACUCCAAGGCAGAGUCCAAGCGAAGGGGCUCACCCAAGAGUGAGAAGACUAUCCGCCAGCUUCUGGGGGAGCUCUAUGUGGACAAGGAAUAUCUGGAGAAACUCCUAUUAGAUGAAGACCUUAUCAGAGGCACCAUGAAGGGCGGUUUGACUGUGGAAGACCUCAUCAUGACGGGCAUCAACUACCUAGACACUCGCAGUGACUUCUGGAGACAGCAGAAGCCCAUCUAUGCCAGGGAGCGGGACCGGAAGUUGAUGCAAGAGAAAUGGCUGCGGGACCGCAAACGCAGUCCCUCACAGACAGCCCAUUAUAUCCUCAAGAGCCUGGAGGACAUCGACAUGUUGCUGACCAGCGGCAGUGCUGAAGGGAGCCUUCAGAAAGCUGAGAAAGUGCUGAAGAAGGUACUAGAAUGGAACAAAGAAGAGGUACCCAACAAAGAUGAACUGGUUGGAAACUUGUACAGCUGCAUAGGGAAUGCCCAGAUUGAGCUGGGGCAGAUGGCAGCAGCCCUGCAGAGCCAUAGAAAGGACCUGGAAAUCGCCAAGGAAUAUGACCUUCCUGAUGCGAAAUCAAGAGCCCUUGACAACAUUGGUAGGGUUUUUGCUAGAGUUGGGAAAUUCCAGCAAGCUGUUGACAUGUGGGAAGAGAAGAUCCCUCUGGCAAAAACCACCCUGGAGAAGACCUGGCUGUUCCACGAGAUUGGCCGCUGCUACUUGGAACUGGACCAGGCAUGGCAGGCGCAGGCUUAUGGUGAGAAGUCCCAGCAGUGUGCUGAGGAGGAAGGGGACAUCGAGUGGCAGCUGAAUGCCAGCGUUCUGGUGGCCCAGGCACAAGUAAAGCUGAGGGACUUUGAGUCAGCUGUGAACAACUUUGAGAAGGCCCUGGAGAGGGCGAAGCUGGUCCACAACAAUGAGGCUCAGCAGGCCAUCCUCAGUGCCUUGGACGAUGCCAACAAGGGUAUCAUUGAAGAGCUGAAGAAAACCAACUACAGAGAGCAUUUCAAAGAAAAGAAAGACAAAGAAGAGGCUACUUCACUGUAUGAAGAUAAAACACUAAUGGCAAAGAAGGAAAAGAGUGGAGAGAUAGAUGAACCUGAGAAGGUGAUGAAGGAGUGGGAAAGAGAGCAAACUGAGAGUGACAAAGAGAUGGAUGAUGAUGAGGGUUUCAGGGAGGGUGUGGAGAGUAUAGCAAGUAGACAGCAGAGAGUGGGAGCUGAAAAAGCCAGAAGAGAUCCAGGAAAAGGUGCCAAGGAACUGGACACAAAAUCAGGAAGAACAGGCAAGAAACUACCAGAAUUGGGCAGAAGACAAUCAAGAGACAUUUACAGGAGGACCUCUGGAGAAUUCAAUCAAAGACUCAUAGGAGAACUGAGCAGAAAGGAAUCAGACAUAGGCAGAAGAAAGUUGGGAGAACAGGGAGAAACAGAAUUGGGAGAAAAAGAAAUUAAAAAAACAGAAAAUGGUGAAAAUGAAAAAACAGAAAAGGAAUAAGAAUAAAGCUAUGAUCAGAAGGUGUUCAGAUCAGGAGGCUGAUGCUUAGAGGGAUCAUGGGCUCUA